CGGCGGAGAGUCCGUCAGCAGUUUGUCAGAGGAGUCUGCUGGAGAGAAGUUGGGACUCGGAGCAGAGAUUUGGAGGAGACAAAAAGGAAAGCAGACGCUUCCGCGGAAACUUUGGACUCCCAAAGAAACGAAAAUGACAGAAGCGAUGGAAAACAAAGCGAGGAGAAAGGGAUUCUCAGGAAGACCUCAGUAGUGGAUAUUUUAAGGAGAAAUGUAGGGUCAUCUAAAGCGCUUUUCCCCAAUGACAACAACGCCGAGUUGGAGUUGGAGUUUGAGAAAGUGGACUCGGCGUCUCCGGAGCUGGAUCACGGAUCAUCGGUCGGGAAUGCAGGGGAGGAGAGUGAAUCAAAGGCUUCUGAUUUCUCCACAUCGCUGAAACUGGAAGACUUUGAGCUGUCCGACUCGGAGGGAAACGCUGAGAGUGACUCUAAGGCAGAAGGAGGAGGAGGCUGGCAGUCUAAAGAACACGUUUACUGCACUGUGUACUGCAUUGCCAAUGAUGACUAUAGGAAACCUCCUGGAUCUCCAGGGGAUCUGGGUGAUGGAGCCCAGUCUGUUUUACCUGUUUUACCUCCUACAGACUCACCGAGUCCAGACUCGGCUGACCUGGAGCUCUACACACUGUCUGACCUCGUAGACUCCACAGAGCUCAGCAGCCUUCACAGCAGUGUGUCUGUACUGCUGACCUGCCGCAUCUGUCUGGAUGAUGGACACAUCAGGCCUCUGCACUGCUGCCAGAAGGCCGUGUGUGAACAAUGUCUAAAAACCUACAUCACUUCACAGGUUCUUGUGGGCCGGACGGACAUUAUCUGUCCCAUCACUGAGUGCAGUGGCUUCCUGGAGGAGAGCGUGGUGGUGGCCCACCUGGCCACUGAAGAAUUGGCCAAAUAUAAGUACUUCCUGGAGCUGAGCAGACUGGACUCCAGCACUAAGCCGUGCCCCCAGUGCAGCCUGUUCACCUCUCUGAAGGGACGUGGCUUGCAGGGACCUGGCAAGGUGGAGCACAAAUAUAAGGUUCAGUGCUCCAAGUGCCAGUUUGUGUGGUGUUUUAAGUGUCAUGCCCCAUGGCAUGAGGGCUUGAAGUGCCGGGAGUACAGGAAAGGAGACAAGCUGCUGCGUCACUGGGCCAGCGUCAUCGAGCACGGCCAAAGGAAUGCCCAGAAGUGUCCCCGCUGCAAGAUCCACAUCCAGAGGACAGAGGGCUGUGAUCACAUGACCUGCACCCAGUGCAACACCAACUUCUGUUACCGCUGUGGGGAGAAAUAUCGCCACCUGCGCUUCUUUGGGGACCACACCUCCAACCUGAGUGUGUUUGGCUGCAAGUACCGCUACCUGCCUGAUAAACCACACUUGCGCCGGCUGGUCCGGGGCUCAGUCUGUGUGAGUAAAGUGCUGGUGGCUCCAGUGGUCAUCGUCUUGGUGGUGAUAGUUGGCGCCUUGGCUCUCGUCAUAGGUCUAUUUGCUUUCCCCAUCUACUACAUCUGUAAGAAGCGCAGAAAACACUCCAAUGGGUCCGGACGGUGGCUGUGCUGAGGCUGAACCUCAUCUUGCUUCCUCUCUCACUCACACAAACACAUACAGAGAGCGCUCCGUGUGCCAGGACACCAGCCACAGUGGGAGGAAUAAUCACAGUGUGAGCUUACUGAACUGCAGCCCAUGCAAAACAAAGUCUACAUGGAUGCUCUCCAUCUGUUCCCUUCCCCGUCGCACGCUCGGUCUUGUGCUCCAGCCGUGGUGCCAUGCCAUGAUGUCUUGGCAGAGCAGGAGAGGGAGAGCAGCCACAGACGUUACUCUGCUGAGGAUUUUUUCGGCACGGAUUUUUAAAAUCAUUCAGUUUACAAAUAUACAAAUAGUUACUAUAGAGGGGACUGUUGCUAUAUUAAGUGUAGAAUGAUGUUCAUACACAAUAAUAUAAGUAAUUUUAGUCUUUUUAGCCUGGUCUAUUUAUGAAAAUGCUUUUAAGGAACGCUCCAGUGUUUUUCAGCGUAACCUUUAUCUACUGCAUCUGUAGCGUACAGUCGAUUACCAUGAACAAUUCCAAUAUUUCCCCAUGGGGAUGUGUAAAGUAUUCUGUCUGUACAGUUCGUCAGUCUGACAGUCUGUCUGUCAGUCUGUCCAGCAGUCAAUCAAUAAUAGGCCUGUUACAAAAAUGAAUUUUAGCGGAAGAUUAAUUGCCAUAUAAAUAAUUGUGAUUAUCCAUAUAACUGUAUUUUUUUCCUUGUAUCCAACUAUUAAAUGACAAGCCUAAUUGGCUGAUUAGCUCUCUUGCUUUCUAGCUGUGAAUACUUAAUAGCUCCCAACUGAAGACAGACACAACUUGAGAUCAAAUAAACAAACAUUACUCACCGCCGCCCUCUAAAGCUGUUAUUAACGAACGUGAUUAGAUGCUUUGUCAGAUUAGCCAUUGAGUUUACAGGGCUUUCUGCGGUCAGGCUGUGCUGGUCAAAUUCACUGUCAAAAUUGGACUGUCAGCUGACGCAGGUAGCACAAGUGCAGACAGAAAAUCUAUAUAGAAGAAGUUUAUAUGCAUAGCGCAAAAUUUGUAUUGUUCUUUUAGAAACAUACGAGUAGCACAAGAAACAAAAUUUUUAUGAAGUCAAGUACUGUAAUGCUGCUUUUGUUACAGGAAAAUGUAGUUACAUUACUGUAAUGGGUUACUUUGCACUGCAUUACCCCAACAUUCAUGGUAAUCGAUGGUAUGAUUCAGCUGCAGCAGGUGGGGAUUAUGUUAACAAAUACCGGAGUCCUUCUUUAAGUGGAUGUGUAUGGGUUUGUGUGUGUGAAUUCAGGGAUUUGAUAGGGGUAAGUAUGAAUUCAGUCCUGUCCCUCCCUUCUCCCCCCCCAGACACCCCACAAACUAGCACACUGUGCCAACAUCCACUGGAAUUUGCAUCAUCAACAAAAGCUUGAGUGUGUCUGCACUGAGGAGAGCAGCUGCAGCGUUGCAGGGGUAGCUGUAGAUCCAUGCCAAUUUAACAUGUGAUGCACCAUCACUGCUGACUUUCUGUCUUGCAGAUUAUUACCAUGCCAUCUAUUUGUCAAAACUGAUAUGCAUCUACCUUGUCAACCUGCAUGCACCUGAAGGAGCUACUGCGUACAUAUAUACAUAAGAACAUUGUAUUUUUAUAGAUAUAAUACCUUCAUUUCAGGCCCAUCUGGUGCACAUUUCACCAUUUACCUCUGGUGUGUAUGAGCUUUGCACACAAGGUUACAUAUCUGGAGCUUUUGCACCAGUCAUAUACAUUAAUACUGUCACUGUCCCAUGCAUAUCUUAGAUUCACAUACAGCGUUGGGUUCUGUGAUCAGCCACCACAUAUGGUUUGUGAAUAUUGUGCAUUUAAGUUACUUUUUGAUCUUAAGCACUCUGGAUAAGUGUAUGACGACGACUAUCAAAAAUGUGCGCCUUAUUGGUUGAGACAGUCAGUCAUAAAGGCCAACAAAUGAAGACAAUCAUGCAUAUAGACACGUUCAGGCAGAAAGUGUUCGUCACUGUUUUUCUCAGGGAGUGUUUGGACUUUCACACACUGCUCUCUCACUCCUGUGAAGUAGGAUUGUGUUUGUCAGGUUUAUUUUUAAUUACGUUUCGUAAUUUUUUUCUUUCAAAAAUCAUUGGGCCUCAUUCACUGUUCUUAAGAAGAAAAGUCCCACUUGUGCAGUUUUCACAAAGGUUCUGACAUUCACCAGUGUUUUCUUAUUUGGGCUUUGUUCUUAGGUAAGAACAGAAUCUACACACACUCAAGAGCACAAAGGUGCGAACAAUUUUGCAGUUAAAGAACAUGUCAUGCAUCUGUUGUAGACUUUUUCUUAGGACAUUUCUCAAGAACACAUUAAAGCUGAAAGAUAUUGGUAAAUAAGGCCCAUUGAUCUCAAGCAGGGGUGGACAAAGUGCAAUACUCUGUACUUUAAUGAAGUUGGAUGUACUCUUGGUAAAGUACUAUAUAUGUACAAGUAUUCUUGAAUGUAUUUAAGUAUAAAAAAUAGUAUUUUAAGUUAUAAUAUUUUUAUGAGCAGAUUCUCUUAAGGAAAUCUCUGGCUGCAGACAUGAAAAACUUCGUCUGCAUGACGACUGUGAAUUUGUCAUUUUAUUAGAACAACAAAAUAUUAUUUGAGAUCUACAGUAACUCAAAGUACAUUUGAUGUUUAAAGGAGAAUUCCUCCCAUUUUUCAAAGUUUCUGUAUAAUUUAAUCAUUAAGAUGUAAACAGUGUCAUUUAGAAUGGUUUGAUGCGAAAUGCAUUGUUAUAGAGAACCCUACAGAGACUAAAUUGUUCACAGUGGUGGUGAUGGGAACCAGAAAUCUAAAUGAGUUUAAUGCCUCCAAAAGCUCCCUUACAG